UCCGCCGCCGCUCGCCGCCCAGCCCUGCCAGGCGAGCGCGGGAGCCGGUCGGAGGCGCGGGAGAUGCGCCUGGCCGGGCUCUGAGCGCCGCCCCUGCCAAGAUGACGGUGGAAUUCGAGGAGUGCAUCAAGGACUCGCCCCGGUUCCGGGCGACGAUAGAUGAAGUGGAAACAGAUGUGGUGGAAAUAGAAGCCAAGCUUGACAAGCUGGUGAAGCUAUGCAGCAAUAUGAUAGAUGCCGGCAAGGCCUACAUAAUCACCAACAAGCAUUUUGUCGGCGGAGUCCGGGACCUCUCCCAGCAAUGCAAGAAAGACGAAAUGAUCUCGGAAUGCCUGGAGAAAUUUGGAGACAGCCUGCAAGAGAUGGUCAACUACCACAUGAUCCUUUUUGACCAAGCUCAGAGGUCCGUCCGGCAACAGCUGCACAAUUUUGUGAAAGAUGACGUCCGGAAAUUCAAAGAGACGAAGAAGCAGUUUGAUAAGGUGCGAGAGGAUAUGGAAAUUGCCCUAGUCAAGAACGCCCAGGCUCCACGCCACAAGCCCCACGAAGUGGAAGAGGCGACCGGCACCUUGACAAUCACCAGGAAAUGCUUCCGACACCUGGCUCUGGACUAUGUCUUGCAGAUCAACGUCCUCCAGGCCAAGAAGAAAUUUGAAAUUCUGGAUGCGAUGCUUUCCUUUAUGCAUGCCCAGUAUACCUUUUUCCAGCAAGGUUACAGCCUCCUCCAUGAACUGGACCCCUGUAUGAAGAAACUGGCUACUGAGCUGGACCAGCUAGUGAUUGACUCCGCAGUGGAGAAGCGGGAAAUGGAGCACAAGCAUGCGCUUAUCCAGCAACGGACCCUCCUGCAGGAUUUCUCCUAUGAUGACUCCAAAGUGGAAUUCAACGUCGACGCCCCUAACGGGGUUGUGAUGGAAGGCUACCUCUUCAAGAGAGCAAGCAAUGCUUUCAAGACCUGGAACCGGAGGUGGUUCUCCAUACAGAACAGCCAGCUGGUGUACCAGAAGAAGCUAAAGGACGUACUCACCGUAGUGGUGGAAGACCUCAGGCUCUGUACUGUGAAGCCCUGUGAAGAUAUAGAGAGGAGGUUUUGCUUUGAAGUCGUCUCACCCACUAAGAGUUGUAUGUUGCAAGCUGAUUCGGAGAAACUGCGCCAGGCCUGGAUCCAGGCGGUACAAGCUAGCAUAGCUUCUGCAUACAGAGAGAGUCCUGACAGCUGCUAUAUUGAGAGAUUGGAUCGAACUGCCUCCCCUUCCACCAGCAGCAUCGACUCGGCUACUGACUCACGGGAUCGGAGCUCCAAAGGGGAGACCAUUCUGCAGAGGGUGCAGAGCAUCCCCGGCAACGACCAGUGUUGCGACUGCGGGCAGGCCGAUCCCCGAUGGGCAAGCAUUAACUUGGGCAUCUUACUAUGCAUCGAAUGCUCAGGGAUACACAGGAGUCUGGGAGUUCACUGCUCUAAGGUCCGGUCCCUCACGCUGGAUUCCUGGGAGCCGGAAUUACUGAAGCUGAUGUGCGAGUUGGGGAACGCCACCAUGAAUCAGAUUUACGAGGCACAGUGUGAAGAGCUGGGACUUAAAAAGCCCACGUCGGGCAGCUCUAGACAAGACAAGGAAGCCUGGAUCAAAGUCAAAUACGUAGAGAAGAAGUUUCUCAAGAAGCUGCCCAGUCCGGAAACCCUGGCCGAGAACGAGAGGAAGCCCCGGCGCUGGAGCGUGAAGAAAUGCCAAAGGCGUAACAGCUCCACAAAAGCCCCCACCGCCCGAAGGAAGUACCGGCACGAGGCGGGAAACGCGUCGCCGGCUGCGCACUCUUCAGCUGCUACCCUGGAAAGAAAGUUUCGCCGAGAUUCCCUUUUCUGCCCCGAUGAGCUGGACUCCCUUUUCUCUUACUUCGACACCGGCGCUGGAUCCGGGCCACGCAGUGGCAACCACAUCUCUAUGCAGCAACCCCCGGCAGCCGGCCCCUGGAGAGACAGUGGCAAUGGUCCCGGAAGGAGCGGUUCACCGUUCCUCCUGGACGGAGGCCCUGCAGGUCUGAGCAGUGAUAGUGGGCUUGGCGGCAGUACAGACGGUAGCACGGACGUCCUCGUGUUUGGCUCAGUAGUGGACAGUGUCACAGAGGAAGAAUGUGAGGUAUCGGAAGAGUCCAGUGGAGAAGCUGAAAUAGAGCAGGAGGCCUCCGACUUGGAGGACCUGCGGGAGCUACACCCCGGCUUGCUGGUUUACAAGGCAGCGCGGGCCAGGAACCUGCCCGUCAUGGCAGAAGCGUUGGCCCACGGCGCUGAUGUCAACUGGGUGAACGACGAAGACGAGAACAAGACCCCGUUGAUCCAAGCUGUGAUGGGGGGCUCCUUGAUAGCUUGCGAAUUCUUGCUCCAAAAUGGAGCAGAUGUUAACCAAAGAGAUAUCCGAGGGCGUGCGCCUCUGCACCAUGCAACGUAUUUGGGCCACACUGGCCAGGUCUGCUUGUUCCUAAAGCGAGGAGCCAAUCAGCACGCAGUCGACGAGGACAGGCAGGACCCUCUCAGUAUCGCGGUCCAGGCCGCCAACGCGGACAUCGUGACCUUAUUGCGUCUGGCUCGAAUGAACGAAGAGAUGCGUGAAGCGGAGGGUCCCUUUGGUCAUCCAGGAGAUGCCACCUAUCUUGACAUCUUCCGGGAGUUUUCUCACAUGGCGUCAAACAAUCCAGAAAAGCUCAAUCGCCGUAGCCUUCAUUUCAGUCACUCCUACCGAUAGCCUAGGCUGCCGCCGUUACCACGGUCCCCUUUUCUCCCAAUGGCGGUCUGUGAAGAGACAAGGCUGCACGCCACGUAGGAAGGCGAAGGGACAGAACUGACUGAACGUCCUGAAACCGGUCCAGCAGAGACAGAGAGGACUCUACACAGCGUGUAACCACAGUGCCAAGAUGCGCUGCCGUUUCUACACUGUUCCUUAUCCAAACCGAAUGGCCGUUUCCCUCCCCCUCCUGCAAAAAGUGUGUGAAUACGCUAGCACGGUCUUGUGAACAAGUCCACCCAAGCUCACAAUGGGUUUUUUUUUUUGCAAGCACUCAUCCUCCGUUGUGACCGAAAUGAAAUGCACACACCGUUCCUUUGAAACUUUCUUAUCCGUUGGAAGUGUAAACUUUCUACGAUGCUCAGAGCGGCUUCUCUUCCUUCAUUUGACUCUCUGUCAACACCAUGAGGAAGAUUAGGUCCCGGGAGUUCCGAGUGGGGUUUCGAACUCAGGUUGCCAUAGCAGGAGACUUUGCAGGAUGGGCGGGGGGGGGGGGGCCAACCUGGAAGUGACGUCAUUUGUGCACGGUAUUUUUUUUUUAACCCAGAGAAGUGCAGAUUCCUAGAGCGUUGUGAUGUCACUUCUGGGCACAAACCAGAAAUGACAUCAUGACACCACAUGUCAGUAUGCGCUCCCCGCCCUUGCCGCUUGCUCUCAUUGGAGCAAAGAGGUCCGGCAAGGUCUGAAGUCCAGUGAUACGAACUUGCCUACCCACCUAGGAGAAUGGCGACCCUAAUUUGAACCCAUGUCCCAUACCUUCCUCUAUACCAGGGAUCUGCAAUUCCCAUCAGCCCCCGCCACCAUGGCCAAUUGUAGUCCAUGAACAUCUGGAGAGCCGCAGGUUGCAGACCCCUGCUCUAUACAGCUAGCUUGCUGUAGCUACCUCUUUUUCAGUCAAGUCAUAGUUGACUUGUGGUGACUCCUGGUGGGGUUUUCAAGGCAAGAGAUAUUCAAAGGUGGUUUGCCAUUGCCUUCCUCCGCAUGGCAUCCCUGGUACCCUUUGCUGGCGACCCUCUUUAGCUUCCACACUCUGACCAGAUGGGGCUAUCCUGGACCAUCCAAUUCCCUCUGCUGACCAAGAGACAAUUCAGGCCACUGACUACACCUGUGACUUAUGAACCACUGCAUCUUUGGCUUUAUGUAGAGACACCAGCGGGGAGGAGAUUCGGGACUGAGGGGUUUGAGCUGACAUCCCCAGGACUUGAUCCGAAUCCCCCACCUGCAACAAUAAACCCCCAUGUGCUUUGCUGGCCACAGCGUAUGGGGGAAAGCGCAAACUCUCCCUUGUAGACCCCAGAGCAACCCCGCCCCCCACAAUGGCUGCUCCUAAAUGCAACUGAAGACACUGGAAGACCUAAGGAUGCCACGUCUUGCCUGCAAAUGUCCUGAAAGUGAGGCAGGAAUGCAGUGGCAGAGUGCUAACAGGUAGAUUUGGGUGGCCAGGAAUGUGGAUUUGCCUUCCUGGUUCUCUGUAAAUGGAAAGCUAGCUAGCAUAACCUGCAAAGAUUUGGGUAGAACUAGUCUCAUGGAUGCGCUGGGUUUUAUCUGGAAUUUACUCUGCCCACCUGCAGUCUGAGUUGGUACACCCACUCUAUCACCUCAGGGUUUCACCACCUGCUUUUGGUACAAUUGGCAACUUCCAGGUGAGGGUGGGGCUUCCCCGGAAUGGCAGGUCACCUCCAGACUACAAACGGCUGCUUUGGAGCGUGGCUCUGUGGCAUCAUGCCUUGUGGGGAUCCCUGUUCUCCCCAAACUCUACUGCCAAAUCCCUAAGGAUUUCCCACCCUGGAGCUGGCAACCGUACCCCCCCUGCCCCCCAGUAGUGGCCAAGGGGGGACCUGACAACCCUAUCACUUGGGUUCAUGUGUAUAUUAGAGUUGCAAACCUCCAGGUGGUCUUGGGAGGUCUCCAGGAUACAAUUCAUCUCCAGAUGACAGAGAUUAGUUCCCCUGGACAAAAUGGCUGCCUCGGAGGGCGGAGUCAAUGGCAUUGACCCUGUGGCAGACUCUCCCCUCUCCAAACCCCACCUCCCCUCCCCCCGAGACCUCCAAAUCUUCAGGUAUUUCCCAAGCAAUCCUAAACUGUAGAUCAAGCUGGAAUUUGUCCCAAAGCAGAGAUUUCAUUUCUCAUCCUGCCAGGCUUCCAAAGGGGCAAGAUUAAAUUCUCUCUUGCGCACAAAUGUUAAAGACAGUUACACUUUGCAGUUUGAGAGUGCACAAAGCAUUUUCACAUGCAUUAUGAGGUAAUUUACAAUAAUCCCGUAGCAGGGGAACAUCAUGCUGUUUCAUAGGUACAAAAUGAAAUUUGGGGACAGCCUAUGACAUAUAGGCCUCGGCACAAGUCCCUUGUGCCGGCCAUGUAUAAAACCUUUUGUUUAUAUUCCAAAAUGUAAUAUAUCGUUGCACAAAAGAAAUGUAUUUUUAAAAAAUGUUGUUCUGGAGGGAGCGGGAGGCCUCGAGAGAGAACGUUAUUUGCAGGAUGAUAAAUAAAGACGAUAAUGAAAAA